CAUAGAAAUAUGUUAAAUGUCUACAAUUAUUUUAGUGCACAAAAAUUUUUGACGCAAGUAACCUACAAGAAAUCCGAUCUAGGUUAUCCGUCAAACACCGAUAUUGAAGUUUCUCUUUAUUUCACUAAAUCUACCAAAUCUACUUCCACUUCUACGCCAUACGACCAAACCCAUCAUCACAUGGACAACGCGGUAUCUGAAAUUGACUUGGACAAUUCAAUCAACCACGUGCCUCAAGGACAAACAAACUACGUUCCAGAUAAUUUUGUGAACCUCACGAAUAUUGCCGCGUCUGAAAUUGAUUUGAAUGAAUCAAUUGAUUAUAGACCACAAGAACAGAUUAAUUUUCCUUAUAAUUGCCCGAUUUGUCAAAGUUGUUAUUUAUAUU